AUUGGAAUUUAUUAGCGCUCACCACCUCCGUCUCCUUCUCCUGUAAGGGUUUGUCUCGUAUUUGGAGAAAAUCCUUUGAUCUUAGGGUUCCUGAGAUUUCUUGGGUUUCAGAAACCCGAUCACUUUACGUGGUAAAGGUUUUCUCGAUUUGCUUCAAGUUUUUCGGUAUUUCGAGGUUCUUGUUGGAGGCAAUGGCGGUACUGUGAAUGAGCUUACUUUAAGAGCCGACCUUCUGAGGUUUUAGGGUUUUGUUUAAGCUUCAUGGUACUUUUGAAAUGUGUUUUCGAGCUUCUUCAUGGGUUAUUGUAGUUCGAAUUGAAAUGGUGCUGUGAUGAGUGAUGAAGGGGUGCAGAUCUUCUGAGAUUUGAAGUUGCUGUUGGAUGCUGUUUUAAGGUGCCCCAAUCGCGGGAUUUUGGGUGCGUUCUUUCAAAGUUUUGCGGUGUUUCGGAAAUCUUGAAGUUGGUGGAAAUGUACUUGGAACGUUCGAAGGGUUGAAAAGCAAAUGGGCUUCUAGCUGUCGUUUGCAACUAGAAUCUCGUUCUAGGGAAAGGUAUUCUUAUUAUUCUUCGAACAAGGAAGUUGUUCCGUUUCUGCAAAGAGAACUUUUUACCGUUGUGAAUCUAGAGUUGGAGUACUGUUCUAGAUCCAAGUUGUGUUUGAGGAGGAAGGACCGAAGGAACCGAUCUUUUGAAAAGCUUUUAACAAAAAGGGGGAAAAAGUAAGAAUCUGGGUUUUUUGUAGUUGUUGAAGAAAAGGCUAUUUAUUUCAUAAAAAUCAGAAGAUCAGAUGGAUUUCUUCAAAGUAAAGAAGUUCAGAAAAGCUCAUAAGCCUGACCCGGAGAAAGAUCAGGAGGAUAGGCCGGUUCCACCACCUGAGCAACUGAAGAAUGAGAGUGGAGAUGACUUGACUAAAUCAGCCAAGGCUGAUGCUCCAGCUGAUGUUGAGGAUGACGAUGACGAUGAUUUUAUAACUAAUGAAGUGAAGAGGCGGCUAAAAGAGCUGAGAAGGAACAGUUUCAUGGUUUUGAUACCUGAAGAAUCGUGCCCGGAAGAGGAAGAAGAGGAAGAAGAGGAGACAAGCUCGAGCGAGUGGAGGGAACCCGAAGUGGAAAAUGGUUGCCCACAGAUUCGGUUUGAUACAGUGUAUGACAAGUACUGUGAACGGAUGCUGUUCUUUGAUAGAUUGAGUGUUCAGCAGCUGCAUGAAGCAGGAUCCCAAAUUCCUUCAAAUCUGUCACCAAGGUCUACACCUAGGAAGCUAGCUUCUACCCUCCGCAACCUCUCUUUCAAGAAGCGAGAGCCUCAAGAUGACAGUGAGCAUCUGCAGCAGAAGCUGGAAGACCCUUACCAAGAUCUUGAGACAGCUUAUGUUGCACAGAUUUGUUUGUCAUGGGAGGCACUUCACUGCCAGUAUGCACAAUUGAACCAGAAAAUCUCAUCACAACCUGAAUGUCCCACCAGUUACACUCAUGCUGCUCAGCAGUUCCAGCAAUUUCAGGUUUUGUUACAAAGAUACAUUGAGAAUGAGCCCUUUGACAGGGGAAACAGGGUGGAAAUUUAUACUAGAACAAGAAAUUCUUUGCCCAAGCUGCUUCAGGUUCCAAGCAUUCAAGUUCUGGACCCGAAAGAAUUUGAAGAAGGGUCAGAUUUGGCGGUCCAUGCCUCUGACCUAAUUAGGAUAAUUGAGGAAUCAAUCCUGACAUUCCGUGUUUUCUUGAAGAUGGACAAGAAAAAGUCAGGUGGUGUUCUUAAUCUAUUUGGUGGCCAAAACCAGGUUGCAAGCCCGCUUCAAGAAAUUAAAUCUUCUCUUGAAAAGAAAGAAAUGAAACUGAAAGAACUCUGUAAAAAGAAGGGGUUGAAGAAGAAAUCCUGGCCUGCAACGAUAGAGGAAACUGAACUAUUUUUCAGCCUCAUUGAUGUCAAAGUCAUAAUGAGGGUUCUGAGAAUGGUGAGGAUCAGCAAAGAGCAGUUAUUCUGGUGCGAAGAAAAGAUGAACAAACUUGAACUAUCAGGGGGUAAAUUGCGGAGAGAUGGAUCGCCACUACUGUUCCCAUGUUGACAGUGAUCCACUUACGCUGUGGACAUACAGUGAGAGUUCCUCCUCUCAGAGGGAUAUAUUUAAAUAUGUUUUAUCUAUACAUCUACACAUAACAUAUAGGUAAUUGUGUUAAUCUUACUUGAGUUGAGGCAAUUACUAGCGAGUCUGUAGAUACCGUGGAACCAAUGUAUCAUGGCAACUGGGGAGUUUUGUGAAGUUCUCUUUAUUGACACCCCUCAGCCAAACCCACUUUCCAGUUAUCGUUCUCUUUUGUCCGCCUGAAAUGAUGCUUGCCUCUGGGCUCUGACCUCUGUACUGUAUUUAGUUUGUAGAUUGAAUUUUCUGUGGCUUUAUACAGAUUAGUUGAGUCGCACGUGCUAUAAGAUAGAUGAAAACAAGUUGACUAGAA